GACCUUUCUGAUGCAAGGAGUAGGUUUCCGAGAGGGCAUGAGACGUCCUUGUGGACUCUGGACACAUCGUGAGGCGACAAACGCAGUCCUCAAGGGAAGAAACAAUAUUUAAAAAAAAACAGCGAGGGAGUGGAGGAGAAGACAUCAGAGUGCGAGAGAAAAUAGCCAAGAGCAUUUAUAUACAUAUACAGAUAAACCCUGAGUCCUCCCUGACAAAAUCUGCAAAUAAAAGGCCUGAAGAUUAAGCAGUCACUCAGGGAAUGAGAGGAUGGAGGCUGAUGUUCACAACAGGAAGGUACCUUGGGAGAUCAAUGGUUCCUUGGCCCCAGCUGACCUCCAGCGUGGUAACAGAUCGGAGAGCCCCACACCUGGCCUUGUGGAAGGCACUGAGCCUGGUGCUGGACAGGAAAGUGCAAUGUUUAUCCACACAAGAUCUUAUGAAGAUCUAACCACAGAUGAUGAAAUGAAGGGGUGUCUGGUUGGUACUAACAAGGCCAUCACUGAAGAAUCCCAGAUCGAAGAAAUCAGCAAAGAUUUCAACGAGCUGAGCACACAACUGACUGGCAUCGCGAUGGACGUGAACAAGGAGAUGAGGGACAGCGACGUGGAAGGAGAGGGAUCAUCUGGGAGGUCGCGCAGAGAGUCUGUGCUCUCGGAGAAAGAGGAGGACAUAACAGCUGAGUCAUGGAGGCAGCACCAGAAACACAUCUUUGUUUUCAGUGACGCUGGGAAACCGAUUUAUUCCCGUUACGGGACAGAGGAAGCUCUCUCCUCCAUAAUGGGGGUGAUGGUGGCACUUGUGUCCUUCAUUGAGGCAAGCAAAAAUGUGAUCAAAUCCAUCCAUGCAGAGGGCUACAAGGUGGUAUUUGUUCAUCGAAGCCCCCUGGUCCUUGUCGCUGUUGCUCGUACCCGCCAGUCAGAGCAGGAAGUGGCUAAAGAGCUUCUGUAUGUUUACUACCAGAUAAUUAGCCUGGUCACUUUAACCCAGCUUAACAGAAUCUUUGAUCAGAAGAAGAAUUAUGAUCUCCGCCGGCUGCUUUCGGGCUCUGAGAGGAUAACAGACCACCUCCUCGAUCUCAUGGACAAAGAUCCCAGCUUUUUAACCUGCGCGGUCCGAUGCCGGCCCUUGGCCUCCUCUGUGAGAGACACCAUCAGCAGCAGCCUGCAGCAGGCCAAAGACAAAAGUCUCGUCUUCUCCAUUCUGGUUGCUCAGAACCAACUGGUUACCCUGGUGAGGAAAAAAGACCAAUUCUUGCACCCCAUCGAUCUCCAUCUACUCUUCAACCUCAUCAGCGCCUCCACCUCCUUCCGAGAGGGUGAGGCCUGGACUCCCAUCUGCCUGCCCAAGUUCAACUCCAGCGGUUUCUUUCAUGCUCACAUCUCCUACCUCGAUCAGAUGAGCAGCCUGUGUUUGCUCCUCAUCUCCACCGACCGCGAGCACUUCUUUACCAUCUCCAAUUGCAAGAGCAAAUUUCUGGAGCGCAUGAAGAGACGGAAUACCUUCCAGACGCUGCUCGAAGAGUUGCGGACUCCAUCCUACAGUGUUUCUCAAGUGGGCAUCCCAGACCUAAGGCACUUCAUCUACAAAUCAAGAAGCUCUGGUCUGUUCACGAGCCCAGAGGUUGAAGCUCCUUACGUAGCUGAGGAAGAACAGGCGCGGCUGCUGGGAUUGUAUCAGUAUUUGUACAGCCGGGUUCACAACUCUGCAAGGCCUCUGAAGUACAUCUAUUAUGCGGGAGACCGGGAAAAUUUAUUGGCAUGGGUGACAAGUGGAUUUGAACUCUACAUGUGCUCCUCUCCUUUGUCAACCAAAGCGACUGCAGUAGGUGCCAUUAGCAAACUAAUGAAGUGGAUCAGGAAAGAAGAAGACAAGCUGUUCAUCCUCAACCCUGUGACAUACUGACGCAGGGUGUUGCGAUGGAGUGAUUCCCUCACUACUGACCAAAAACCCAAACUGACCGACCGACUGAACAUGACACGGGGGACCUGGAAGGCUGCUGACCACUAAUGUUUGUCUCACAGCUUUCUUUCCAAACAGAUGAGGCGGUGAGAUAUAAGCCAUUUAUAUUAGGAAAAAAAGAAACACUGCAUCAUUUGUAAGUACUGCGCACCAAUUGGGUGUCACCACCGUUUUGGGUUUUAUUUCCCCCAUUCCUGCUCUCUUGCCCCCACCCCACAAACCCUGAAUCUCUAUCAUCAUAACUGGCCCUGUGCUAUGCAGUUACACCUGGAUGUUUGCUGGUCUCUAGGGACAAGAAACAAUCUAACCCAGUACUCGUACAACAUUGUUACAGCUCCACAUUAGUCCUGGUGCUUCAGAGAUUACCCCUGAUAGUCAGCAAGGGGGCCCAGGGUUAUCAGAAAUCCUUACAACAUCCUGCGCUGGCAUGGUUUCCACCUUUUUUUAAACAAAAAAGAAACCUGCCGAAGCUGCCACAAAAACUGAGGUGAGCCUGGAGAAAAAUCCUCAUCGAUCUUUCCGCAGACAAACCCAGAGAUUGUGAGAGUGAGGCUGCGGAUGGUGGAAACUGUGACUGUGGGGAGGAUGCCACUUGGCCUCAAGCCCGUUCUAUCAAAGAUUUGUCUUUUAAGACGACAGCUGUUUUGUUUUAAAAUAAACCUAAGUUUAUCCUAAUAACCGAAAACCUUUGCCUCCGCUGAUCAGGGACUAUUUGUAAUUGUGUCGCAUACCUUAAAGUGAACUUGUGUAAAUUCCGAUGUAUAACAAAUCGGGUAUUAGAAAGGAAUAAUAAAACAAAAAGUCGAAGAUGUGAGCAUUCCUCAGACUGUUGCCACGUUUGGUGGAAAAUAUGUGAUGAACGUGGGAGGGUUUCUGUGGAUUAAAAUCAAUGAGAAUCCAGGAAGUGGCCAGAAGGGUUUGUGACCCUUGCCUGGUGAUUUGCAUUCUGUGACUAGGCAAUAAGAGGGAGGUCCACCUCAGUAAAUAACACAGCUAUGAUUUUGUUCUGUCAGAACAACAACUUUCAUUCCUUAAAAGGACUUUAAUGUCACUGAAGAUCCUUUACUGGAGCAUUUUCAAAUGCACUUUGACACCAGAUCUCUCAAUGCUCCAAAUGAGUACAUCCUACCAGGAAGACUGAGUGCAGAGAGGAUCAGGGAGAGAAUUCCAAAGCUCAGGCCUUUUGGUACCUGAGGGCACAGCCAGAAAAUAUGCAGCAAAUGAAAUGAAGUACCCAAGAGGCCAGCUUGGAGGAGUGUCAACUUCCUGGAGGGUUUCGGGCCUGCAGAAUGAGGCUCCAGAGGGAUUUGAGAUAAAAUGUGAGAGUUUCAAUGUGUGUUGAGGUGUUUAUGUUGCACUGAUUAUGUCAUGGGCACUGAGCUGAACCUUGGAUAUUCAGUGAGAUUUUCAGUUGCUUUUGCCAACACCCUCAGGACAGUGAUGCCCAAUGUUGGCUAUCGUCCUGAGAGAACCUCAAACAAGUUGAAUUGUCCUGGAAAUGACGAACAUCAGGAAGAGCCUAACACAGACUCCUAAUGCUUAAGCUUUAUAGCUUUCAAGUGUGAAUGUGAAUAGUCAACGAAUUACUUUAAUGGCAGCUCGGUCUCAGAAAAUUGGCAGAAUUGAGGGUGAUGUGAGUUAUUUUAGAAUGUCAUUCCAUGUAUCACUGACUCCUGGUGCUUUGCCUUCUGAUGUAUUUUUAAAAAAACCCCUCAUGGUUGCAACUUGCUGGAAGAGCAGAGCAGUGUGAAAAUAAUGUGGUAUUUAAAGUCAGCUGUAGACUUUGAUCAGAUUGACAAACUUUGGAGCCAUACGGAUAUGCAAAUUAAGGCCAGGAGUAGGCCAUUCGGCCCACAAUAACCUGCUCCACCAUUGAGUAAGAUUGUGGCCGAUCUGACACUUGCACAUUCAUGGCCAGAACUGACAACAUUUCACCCCCUUGCUUGUCAAGAAUUGAUCCACCUCUGACUUAAAGGUAUUCAAAAACUGUGCUUCUGUCAUCUUUUGGGGGGGGAAAACAAGUCCCAAGUACUCAAGGCCCUCUGUGAGGGGGAGAAAAAGGCCUCUCCUCAGCUCUUGUUUUGAAUGGACAGCCCCUUACUUUUAAACAGCGAUCCCUGGUUCUGGAUUUUCUCACAAGAGGAAACCUCUCCUCGUUCACUGUCUGCUAAGACCCCUCAAAAUCUUUAACAACGGAAACAGAAACUGCUGGAGAAACACAGCAAGUCAGGCAGCAUCUCUGGAGAAGGAUGUUUGUCUGUUUUGAGCCCUGUAUGAUGCUUAUUUUAGAGCUUGUAUAUUCCCUCUCUGCCUCUCUUACUCUCUGUGUCUUUCUCUGUCUGUCUGUUAUUCUUGCAGUCUGUCUCGUUCUGUGUCUCUCGCUCUCUCGCUCUCGCGCGCUCGCUCUCUCUCCGUCUUGCUCUUCCUUCGUCACAAAAAUAGGUGUUUCUUAACAAAAUUAGUUCCAGAAAAGACACCUGGAGGUAGAGGGAGGAAUGUGGGAAUAUAAAAAGUGAAAAGACUUUUAAAGAAUGCACCAGAUCAUAAUGACACAGGCUAUCAGUAUGUGCAUAGGUGUGUUUGAGGGAGAAUGUGUGUCUGUGUGUGUGUGUGAGAGAGAGAGAGAGAGAGAAAAAGAGAGAAAUAAAAGUAGAAAGGGAUUUUCCGACACACUGAUAAUUCUGUCGAGUGAGUUUUUCAGGUUGUAAACAGCCUGAUGUUUUCAUACACAGCAAAUGCUGUCAUUUGAAACAGAUGAUAUUAUUUCUUACUAACAACUUACACAAUCCAGAGAACAUUUGUAAAUGGCUUCCAGCUGCAGCACACCUUUGGACUUUGGAUGAUUAAAUAAAGAGUUGCUUUGUCACCUCACCUCACCUGAUUCUGACAAUCUAAACAUAAUAUGUUGGAUUCGGUAGAUAGUUAUUUCUUUUCCUUUCACAUAAGCUUGAUGACUAACUAGGAAAUAGUGAGACACCAAUUUAGCAUUCUUUAUUGAUUGAGACACUGAUAUAACUAAUUACAUGGCAUGUCUGGGAGAUUGGUUUUGAGAAUUGCUCAGUGGGGCGCUGUUAUCAUGUCAUGUUGAGAUGGUGGACACCUUGACUGCUCAUACUAGUUUCAUGGUGACUGGGUAAAACUCCCUGGGGAUGCUCAUUAUGUUCAGUGUUAAUUAUAUCUUUCUAAUGUGACAUUACACUGCAAAUACAUUCCAGCCAUGUGUUUGGUACAUAGAUACAUUUGCUGUAAAUGCCUCUACAUGAAACAACAUUACUGCUCCCUGCCCUCAGCGCGAAUGUAUGAAACCUAGACUCACUUUAUUUGUCUUUCUGUUAGUGACCAUGGCAAUCUGAUGUACUGUUUAUUCGCCAAAAUAUCUUAUUUCAGUGCUUAAAUGAGUCAGCUGUUCAUCUCUUAAGCAUUGGUCUUACACCCUAUUUUAUUAUAUAUAUAUAUAUAUAUAUGUGUGUGUGUGUGUGACACUAUUUGUGUGUAUCUACAUCUAGGUUUAUAUGUGUGUAUUUGUGGAAGACACGUGUGUGUGUGUGUGUGUGUGUGUGUGUGUGUGUGGGUGGGUGUGUGUGGUGUGUGUUUGUGUUUUGAACGGUUCCUGUUUUCCUAAUACAAUAUGUUAAACUGGGCCCAUUGCACCCUCUCUCUGUUCCUGCUUUUGCCUUUCAUUGUUAGUGCUUUUCCGAAGAUAAACUGUAAAGACUUUGACAAUGGAAGCUCUCAGAUCUGAAACGUGGACUCGAUUUCUGUCUCCGCAGCUGCUGCCAGACCUGCUGAGUAUUUCUAGCUUUUAUUUUUUUCGCUCCUUGCUUUGCUCUGUGUCACUUUGUUGCAACAGGGAGUGCUAUUUUGUGCAGAAAUUGCAUCGAGUUUGGGACUGUGAUCAGAUUACUACCUGUGACGCGGUAUGGCCAAAACUGUUGUUACAUUAUAAAGGCUUGGUUAGCUUUAUCAAACGCAAAGUAGGCACAAGGCCAGAAUCUCCUCUUGUCAAGGGGAGUCUUGUUGGUAGCCGAGAGGCUGUGCUGCUACCAUGCAAAACGUUCCCUUCCAGGCACCGAGUGUAGAGGUGAAAGCUUACCCCAACAUUAAACACUGCACACAUACAAACUGCAGGUGGAGUGUGGCAGGCUCGGCACUAUUAGGUUGCAUGUUGAGAUUUGACACCCUUGCAGUUUGACAAUAAAAUAUUCCACAUGUGCACACGCACAGCUCUAGGCGGCUGUGGUGGUAGGGCAGAGAUUUGGGUGGCACAGUGGCUUAGUGGUUAGCACUGCUCACGGUCCAGGGCUCAAUCCCACCCUCGGGUGGCUGUCUGUGCGCAGUUUGCACAUUCUCCCUGUGUUUGCGUGUGUUCCCCCGGGGUGCUCCAGUUUUCUUACACGGACAAAGGUAUGCAGGUAAGGGGGAUUGGCCAUGGUAAAUUGCCCACAACAUUCAGGGAUGUGCAGGUUAGGUGGAUUGGCUGUGGAGAAUGCAGGGCUAGAGGGACAGGGUGGGGGCUGGGUCUCUAUGCGAUGCUCUUUGGAAGGUUGGCGUGUACUUGAUGGGCUGAAUAGCCUGCUUCCACACUGUAGGGAUUCUAUGAUUUAUCAGAAUGGUUCCUGGGAUGAGGGAUUAGCAUGGAGAAACUGGAGAUGUUCCCUGUUGAAGUAAAGGAGAUUAAUGGAAGCAUGCUUGGCUUGGGCAAGUUUAGAUUCAUGACCAAAAUAAAUGCUGUACCCAUUAACUGAUGGGGAUAUAAACUGACAUAAACUGAUUCUGAAAGCUUGGACAAAAGAUGGAGAAGAAGAAUUUUCUUUUUAAUGCAAUGAACUGGAAUGACCUGGAACUUGCUGCCCAUGAGGUAGAUGGAAGGGGCGAUAGUUAAUAAUGUCCAUGGAAACGUAGAUGGGAAAUAAACUUAAAGGGCCAAGAGGCAUUGACUGGAGGAAUGAGAACGCCAUUGAUGACCAACAUGGGCUCGAUGGUCCAAAUUGGCCUCUUCCUUUGACUUUAUGAUUCUGUAAAGUUUAACCACUGCAAUAAGAGGCUUCUCGGCCUGAGCAUGUAUCAUUCUCAUUCUGAGGGUCUAUCAUGGACAGAAUAAAUAGUGAAAUGGACAGCUUUCUGCACAACCAUACUUUUCAGCCAACAGUCAAAGAAAGAACAUACAAAUGUCAAAUUAGGAGCAGAAUUAGGCCAUUCAGCCCCUCAAGCUUACCCUGCCAUUCAUUAAGAUCAUGGCUGAUCUGUUUGUGUUUUGAAUUCCACUUUCUUAUCUACCCUUUGAGACCAGAUUUAAACACCUAGCUGUGGAGUGUUCUGGUAGCUGUUUCUACUGCAGGACCUUAGCAAGGCUUCCAUUGUUUCUCUGACCAAAUCAUGCUCUUCAAAUGGAUGUAUUACUGGACCUCUGUUAGAACACCCCAGCCUCUCUCGGGCAAUCUUUGAUAUUAACACCGCUGAGUAUAGCCUCGGCAAGCUUGUUUGUUAACACAAGCCUGGACUCCAAUCAGGGACUGGGAUAUAGAUGUGGAAUCCCAAUUCUCUUUUUGAAGGAUCUACUGGGGCUUUUGAGCUCAUUAACCAGCAAAAGGCAUCACUUGUCACUGGCACAUAGUAAUAUCUUUACCUGCUGAUUACUUGUCAAAAAAAUACCCACCACUUCUCAACAAUUGGAAUGGGUGGGAGGAACCAAAAAUUCUCCAUGUUGUGUGCAGUGGACUGUGGAUAAACCUUUGUCAGACCCAUUGUUAAAAUGAAUUGUAGCAAUCUUGUUCUUUUUGCUUAGGGCAUGCAAUGGUUAUCUAUUAUUUCUCAAAUGCUUUCGCAGAGAGAGAGAGAGAUCAUUCUCCUAGAUUUAUCUUGGUGCUGCAAGGCUGGAGUUUGAGGAGGCGGACCUGAAUUCUCCUGAAUGUAAUAUAAUGGUUAAUGUAAAUCUGAUCUGUGUCUGGAGAUAGUGCUCCAGUUUCACAGCUCCCUUCUGUUCCCUGGUGUGCUUAACUAGCCUUACAAUGUCAUUGUCAAGGCUGCCACCUCUGAAUCGAUAAAUCAAUGAAGGCCUACCUGCAGCAUUUAACACUGUUUGUGAGGCACUACAUUCUUAACUGAAAAUUAAAAAUUUGUUGGUGCCACAUUAACUUUCAAUUACAAUUGUUGAGGAUUCGGUAGUAGAUUACUCCUCAGGGAGAGUGACUGGCUGAGUUAAAGGACCAGAAUCUUACUCACAUUAUUAAUGUUGUAUUAAUAUACAUGUAAUAAUUAUACAUGUGUUUUCUAGAGUCUUAAUUCAUCUAAAAUGUUACAAGAACUGGAAGGAAUUUAAUAUUGUUUGCAUUGUGUCUGUCUAGAGGAAGACUGGAGAAUUGCUCUCUCUAGUGGAAAUAGGGGACAUGAUGAAAUGCCAAUGCACUGUAAUUAAGGAAGAUGCAAAUAUGUUUAUUGUUUGGUUUGAAUUUUUACAAUUACUAUUUCAAUUAAGUAUGUGAAAAUGAUUUGUACGCUAAUUAAACAAUUGCAAGAAAUAAAUAAAU